UGACACCAACACUGCUGCCACCCACAACCCCAACCCUCUGGAAGAUCUGCCAUCUGAGGGAAGGGUGGGUUUUUUGCACUUCCCGGGACCUGGGUCCAGCCAUACGAAGGGGCAGAGGCACUGAGGGAUUUGUAAACUUGUGAUCGAGAUAACCAGCAUUGAGCCGAGGGUUUCCUCUUCUCUGUUUGAUAUUUAUAGGUUUAUAUCUCCUCCAGGGAUUACAUCAAAAAUCCGUCAUGCCUCUGGGAAAGCCUGCCCCCCUAAACAAGCGGAAAAAGCUCUCCAAAAUCAUAACUGACCUUUCACAUGUCACUCAAGAUGAGUAUGAGUCAGAGCCAGAGGCCUCUGAGUUGGACCUGGGAAAAAAGAUCAGGACCCCAAAAGAUAUCAUGCUGGAGGAGCUUUCCCUGAUGAAGAACCGGGGCUCCAAGAUGUUCAAGAUGAGGCAGCAGAGGGUGGAGAAGUUCAUCUGGGAGAACAACCCUGAUGUCUUCAGCAGUGAGUCGAUGGACAACCUUCAGAAGUUUGUUCCAUCUCUUGGAGGUGAGGUGGGAAGUCAGAUUGGAGGUCAGAUGAUAAAUCUUGGAGGGCAUUUUGUCAGCAAACAGCCUGGACAGGUGCAUAUCGUGGGGAUGUAUGGCAUAGGAGGAGCCCCUCUUCCUCCUCCAAAGCCUGGAAGCAAAGAUGCCGGAGGUGCAGGAGGUGCAGGAGGACUUGGUGGUGGCGACCACGGGAAAGGUGUACAAGUAGAAGUGGGGAGUGAGAAGUCUUCACUGAAAGGAGGCGGAAAAGCUGGUGCAGGUAAAUCACAGUUUAUUGUGAAGACAUACAUUUCACCAUGGGAGAAGGCCAUGAAGGGUGAUGAAAAUCUGUUAGCCACUCUGAAAACUGCAAUGCCUGGCCCUAUUGAGUCAAAGGAUUUCCCCAAGUAUAAGUGCUUCAACAGGUCUGCCAUGCCAUUUGGUGGUUUUGAGAAGGCCAACCAGUUCCUGAAAUUCCAGAUGCCAGAGGCCGAUACAACCAAACAGGAGCCUGAACCUGCAGUGGUUUACCAGCAGGACAUCGGCUGCCGACCUUCUUUCAACCGCACUCCAAUCGGUUGGGUGGGAAGUAGUGAGCCAAGCAGUAUUCAUAUGGAAACCGAUGCUGUGCCCUUCGAUGGAGAAACUGACGAGCUGUGAAAAGAUACUCAUACUGUGAUUACACGCACUGCACAAACCACUUAACAAAGGCAACAUACAUGAAUGCAAUAAAACAAUAAACACACACUCAUACAACAGAUGAGCUUACUUACUGUCAUAUGAUUUUGAAUGUUUCAGUGUGGAUAACUGAAAACGUACGUGUGUAUUUUCUUAUCUUAGCCUCUUUUUUUUUGUGAAGCAAAGAUUAAAGCUAUAAAUGUUAUUGGAGAUGAAACAUGAAAUGUUUAUUUGUUAAGUUCCUCAGCUGAAUCUAUGUCUUAAAUUUUUCAGAAAAGUUGGUGAGCAGUUGCAACAUUUGUCAGAGGAAAGAAUGAAAAAUGUAUAAAGGACAGCUUCAUGAUGUUACUGUUAUGUAAACCUGCUGCCAUAUUUGUUAUUUCUCAGAGCUUAUUUUGUUAAGAUUCACUUUUUGUUGUGCUUCAAAGACCCAGCUAAGUUACUAUAUCAGGAUGCAUGCAUAGUCAGCUGCUGAUCAUUUAACCCACUGUACCAACACAGUCCUUCCAUAAUAAACCUUUUCAAAUUUUAA